AUGGUUGGUAGUAGUAAAGGAUCAUCAUCAUUAUAUGAUGUCAAUGAUAUCAAUUCCUUUACAACAACCACCACCACAUCCAUUCAACAAGGAUUGGUAACUGUCUAUGUUGACAAUAGAUCAAAGUGUAUCAGAGAUUGUGGUAACCAAACACAACCAUUCGUCUCUAUUAGAGAUGCUCUUGUAUUCCUUCAACUCGAUGUUAAAGUCAUCAGCAGUGCAAAGAUCCUCGUUGAACCUGGUGUCUACGAUGGCAUCAAUAACAAAGAAUUAGAUAUCGCCAAUGGUUUGGAUUUAGAAAUAUCAGUUGUACAUGGCCAAAAGGAUGUAUUGAUGACAUUGGAGAUUCCAAAGCUUGGUGUUUUGAGCAGUAUGGUAGUCAUCAAGUGUGAUAGUAUUGGUCGUGCAUUUAGAGUAUCCGGACCAUCGACUAAAUUAUCUAUCAAUGGUUUGGCAAUUGUUGGUUGUAGUAAUGGUGAAGGUGGUGGUAUUGUAGUGGAGGAUGGUGCUACAUUGAUUACAAUGAGUACUAUAUUCACACAAACUCAGGCCACAAUUGGUGCUGCUUUGAGCCUACGAUCUAGUUCUGCCCAUUUAACCAAUACACUCUUUUUUGCCAAUUCCUAUCAUUUUGGUACCGUCAUUUCAUCGGUUGGUUCAAGAGUCGUAUUCACCAACUCGCAUGCACCAUGUGAUCCAGAUGACCCUCUCCCUCGGUAUAUUAUCCGACUCGUCAACGAUAAUGACCAAGUUGCAUCCUUUUAUCCAGACGAUGAUUCAACUAUUGGUCAUGGUCUGUCAGCUGUCUACAAUGAAAAUUUCAUCGACUCUCCUUGUGCGCUUCCUUUUUGUCGUCCACCCAUUCAAACAAAUGGACAAUGUUCACAAGUUGAAAUUGAUAGUGCACUGGCCAAGAUAAAUAUUAAUACGGUUGAUCCACUAACCAUAUCUAGAACAACGUGUAAUAGUAAUGGAGUGUGUGAUCAUCUGACAGAAGAUUGUUUUGCAUGUCCAUCAGAUUGCUCUUGUGUCUUUGCAAACACCUAUCUCCUCCACAGCCAGUCAUCGGCAUCUGUAACAAGUAAUCAGAGACCAACUAAAAUGUUGUCGUUACCAGUUGUCAGUGGAGCCAACCAAGGCCAUCUUUUGUUCUACGUUAGACCCGAACAUAAAAACAAUCAUCUAUUGAUCGAGGUUGAGGCAUGUGCCGUUACAUUGACAGUCAAUGGAAAACAAGAACUUGUCAUACUCGAAGGUCCACACAACAACUACCAACAUUUACUUCGUAUUGCCAACACCACUUCCACCUCUAGAUUCCAAGUAGAUUUCAAAUGUAACACCGUCAACAAAAAUAGUUCAUUCUCUAUCAAGUAUAGAGAUACUGAUAAUGAUGAUUUUAGAUUUAUUGAUGGUUUCUAUUCAAUCAAUUCAUGUAACGAUGGAAUAUUAAAUCAACAAGAGGCAAUAACAACUUCUAAGUUUUAUUGUCCACAAGAUAUUGGUAGUUAUGUUGACUUUUCAGGUGAUGGAAAUCAAAAGGCACCAAGAUGUUCCGACAAUCAGUGUAAUGAAAUCCCCGAUGAAUGUCCAAUUGAUUGUUAUACUGAAUUUGCCAAAAAUUGUAGAGAAUUGGCAUCUCCAUCAAAUAUCGAUAAUAGAUAUAAAAAAGAUGAAUUUUUAGGAGCAUUACUUAAUAAUCAAUAUUUGUAUGCUUUACCGGGUAUUGAUGCAUUUUCACAUGGUAUUGAUAUACUUACUGGCAAGAGUAAGGAUACACGUAUAUUCCAUUUUGGGUAUUGUGACGACGAACCAUUCUCAACCAUUCAUGAUAACUAUCGUGGAUUGGUGUAUACUAUCCCAUACGGGUUGAGUGGUGUACCAGCACCCAAGUGUUCCUAUGAAAGCUCUUCAACCAUCUAUUCGGCCUCUUUCCAAAUGGCCGAUGAAAUGUCACAGGAAACUAGUUUGGACGCGUCGGUAUCUGCAUCUGGAGGGUUCUGGGGUAUCUCGAUUGGGGCUUCAGUUGCCUACUCACAAGAUCGAUCGGUUCAAAUGGCCAGAGAAAUGGAACAAACCUCUUCCAAAACAUUUAUCGUCUCCAAAGCCAAAUGCUCAGUGAGCAAGGUUGUUUUGACGGAAAGUGAAACUAAAUUCCAUUUACUCUUUUUAAAGGAUCUUGUCAAUGCAGACACAUUGCCCAAGAUGGUGGUUGUCAUUGCUAGGUACGGUACUGCUUAUUUAAAGAAUGCUGUGAUGGGUGGAAAGAUCCGUCUCAUGACAACCAUCUCGAACGAGUUUGCAUCGAAAAGUACUGAAUCAGAGUUGCAACAAAAUGCAGCUUUAUCAUUGUCUGUACAGGCGUCUAGUCCAAUUGGAUCAGCUUCAGUUAGCGGGUCAGGUCAAUCAAGCGGAGCAACGUCUGCCGCGUCCCAAAGUGAAUUCAACCGAGAAAGUACACACUCUCAAAUCAUGACGGAUGGUGGUAGUCCCGGCGCAUUCUCACCCGACGAGUUUGGAGCCAACACCUUUUCAGAUUGGGCAUCAAGUGUUGACUUGAGACCAGUUCCCAUCCAAUCGGAAUGGGGGUACAUCUCUGACUUAAUCCCAAGUGAUUGGAAAGUGGCUGGUAGCACAACUAAAACAAUCAAGAAUCUUUGGAGAAUGGCAGAGUUUACUUCAAACUUUCAAGCUAAAACUUCCAAGCCUGUCGAUAGCACCAUAGCAACAAGAGUUAGUAAUAGGGCAUUAACCUAUUUAUUGGUCACAUCAACAGCUUCCGAUGCACCACUCAACGAUGUUUUCACACUUACAUUUGCUCAACCAUCUGGCUCGGCCGAUACGGUGAGUGUGACAAUGACAACUCCCAACAGAUUGUUUUGGUUCUCUGCCCCCGAUGACACAUUCAAGCUUGCUGCAGCUCCCACUGUUGGCCACCAUAUUAUCGAUAUUCUGACAUCUCGUGUCUACACUUUUGACCCACUCGUUGGUACACUCCCAGUCGCUCCCACUCCAGGUCUCAUCGAGGUGCGUAUCAGUGAUCUUUCAUUUGUGCCAACUAUGACAGGUCAAAUCGCCGUCACUGUCUUUGGAUCAAGAGGCUCACACAAAAUACUCAAAUCAUUCCCAUUCCCAGAUGGUUCUACCUUUGCACUGUACAACUUUGUCUUGCAAACAGACGGACAAUUGGGAGACUUGGUAUCACUCAAGUUGGAAUUCCUUCCAGAGUUGAACCAGCCUGCCAACAGACUCAUCAACUUUAAAUACUACAAUGUCGUACAACAUUGCUCAGUCAACAUUAACAAGGCCGAUCGCAUUUGCAAGCCCAAUGCCAAAAUGUUGUACAACAGCGGUUUGACCACUACCGAGUCUCGUUUCCUCCAGUAUAUCACUGCCACUCGUAUGUCUCAACCUUUACAUUUAGCAUUGUCACCUAUCAUUCGUACCGGUACUAAAAUAGUCACUCCAAGUGGUGUCACUACAAUUUAA